AUGUCACCAAUUAAAUCUUCUGGCCUCAUCGGCCUCGCGACUCUUUUACUCCAAGUUAGCGCCUACAAGCUGACCGCCUAUACGGAGAAGGGAUGCACGGGUGACGUCCAGCAGACCAUCGAGGACACCAAAUAUGGUGACUACUGCCAAUACUUCGACGACAAGGCCGUAUCAGUGAAGGUAGAGGAUUCUGGAGAAGACUAUCAAUGGAUUUUCUUCAACAACUGGUGCAGUAAAGACGCCCAGGUCGGCUCAUUCGUUGGAGAUGGCUGUAUGACCAUGGGCAAGACGAAGAUUAAGGGUGUGAACAACAUCUUACCCGAAGGUUCCCCAAGCAAGCGAGCCUCUGCCGGCACUGUAACAACUUGGAAAAACACGGACUGCUCCGGUACCUCAGUUAAUCAAAUGCGAUUCAUCGGUGAAAACCUUCCUGUCACCCUAAAUGACGUCUCAUCUAUCAAGGUGAACGAUGUCCCUGAUGCCGACAUUGCUUUCGCUUGCAGCGACUCCGACUGCCAUGUUGAGAACCAAGUUGCAACUCUUGAAAACGACAAGUGUGUCAACGUCGAAGGCAAGAAAGUCAAGUCUGCCAUGGCCAUCGGAGUACCUACUCCCCCUGGAGGCCGAGAUGUAUUACCGAAACGCCGUUACACACGCAGCCUUAUGCUAGAAGCGCGAGAACGAGAUGCUCUGGAGAUCCGCGCCGACGGCGUCGAGUGCGACGCCACUGACGGACCCGACUACAAAGAUGCCCUUAAGGUUGGCGACGACUGGCAAGGAGACAACGGGUUAUCAUGCUGCUGCCAUGUCCCUGGUGGUCCUACAUCGAAGUCUUCCGGCUCAGCUAAAGCCUCGUUCAGCGAGAAUUUCCAGUGCCCCGCUGAUCCCUCCGGCAUGCCGCCACCACCCACCACUUGCCCCAUGAACUGCAACACGCUGAGGAGCUACGUCUACGCUAUCGCUACUAAGUGCAAGACCAAUGAUGGGAAGACUGGCGGCACAUAUAAGCUCACUGGUGAUCGCGAGAUCAAGGUGACCCACAGCUAA